GUCCCCGAGUGGGGUCUGGGACAGUGGGGAUGUUCAGGUACAGAACAGCGAACUUGGGAACACGGACUGUGGCCUCCCAUCGCCAGCGCCCCCACGUGUAUUCUGGUUCUUUUAAAGAUGAAAGUACUUGGGGUGCAGGCAAGAGAAAGGUGUUUUCAGACGGAAAAUAAGGUUAUUACGGAGUAUUUUGUCCGCUUGAAUCCACAGCUCUGACGUGGGCAGACGGCCCGAGCUGCAUGAGCGGCACUUCCCGGCGCGACCUCCGCCUCAGCCCUCCCGCACCUCACGGGGGGAGCCCGGGGCCGCCCCCCGGGGCCGCCCCUCCCUCGCCGCCGGGGUGGGAUCGCCGCUCUGCCCUCCCCAGGGCAGGGCCGGCGGCUCCGGCCCGGAGCGGAGCGGGGCGGCCGCGGGCGGGCGCAGCGCUGGGGCCAUGCCGGCGGUGCGGCUGCGGCUCCUGGCCGGCUGCCUCCUCCUCCUGCUGCUGCUGCUGCUGGGCGGCCGCGGCGCCGCCGCCCUCGGCCGGGACGCGGUGCCUUCCCUGCGGAAUAAAGGGAUAUUUAUUAUCCAGAGUGAAAGUUCCAGCUUGUGCAUUAAAGUAGACAGAGAUGGCCUUGUUCUGGAAGACUGUGGGCAGCUCUCAGAAAAGAUGUUGUGGAAAUGGGUGUCCAGCCGUCGUCUCUUCAACAUAGGCAGCAGUGCCUGUCUGGGGCUGAACAUCAGCAGGCCAGAGCAGCCACUGGCUAUGCUUGAAUGUGAUUCAACUCAAUACUCGUUGUGGUGGAGCUGUGAUGGAAAAGCCUUAGUUGGUGUAUCGGAGUACAAAUUAGCAGUUGAAAACGGUAAACGUAUUGUGGCCAAAAAAGAAUCUGUUUGUAAAUGGAAACAGUACAUGUCCUAUGAUGAAGACCUUUGUGAACACCCAUAUCAAGAAACAUACACCUUGCUGGGAAAUUCUUUUGGUUUUCCAUGUGUUUUUCCGUUUAAAUAUAACAACAAGUGGUAUUAUGAGUGUACUAGAGAUGGAAAAGAAUUUGAGUGGUGUGCCACAACAACUCACUACGAACAAGAUGAAAAAUGGGGAUUUUGCCCCAAUGCUGAGAGUGGCUGUGAUGUCUUUUGGAAGAAGAACCCCAGCACAGACGUCUGCUACCAGUUCAACCUGGCGUCCGUGCUGAGCUGGCAUGAGGCUCGCGCUGCCUGUCAGCUGCAAGGAGGGGACCUGCUCAGUGUCACCCACCCGGAAGAGCAGAGCUACAUAAGUAACUUAAGCAGGCAGUUAAAUUUCACAGACAUGGUGCUGUGGAUGGGCCUGAAUCGCCUGGAUGACAACGCUGGCUGGCAGUGGUCAGAUGGAGCACCACUAACGUUUGUGAACUGGAGAGCAAAUGUCUCUGAUAACCGUUUUAAAGAAAAUCAUUGUGCAGUGAUUAAUCCAAGGCUGAAGUAUGGCUGGAACAGUUAUCUGUGUGAAUCUGGAUUGCCUUUUGUGUGCAAAAAAUAUUUAAAUAAGACAGAGCAUGAAACGCUGGAUACGUGGAAGUAUUAUGCCACUCGUUGUGACGCUGGUUGGUACCCACACAAUCGCAACUGCUACAGACUUCAUCAAGAGGAGAAGAGCUGGAGUGAUGCUUCUCUCUCAUGCCAAAGUGAAAAUAGCAGGCUCAUUAGUAUAUCCUCCAUGGCAGAGGAAGAGCUGCUCCUUAACUUGCUUGAAAGUGAAAAUGUGACAGAGACAUGGAUUGGAUUAUACAGUAAUAACACCCCUGUUGUUUUUGAGUGGUCAGAUAGCACCCCAGUAAAAUUCUCUAACUGGCACAGACAAGAACCUAACACCUUUCAAAGAACAGGACAACUCUGUGUUUCAGCACAAGGACCUGAGGGACAUUGGAGGAUUAAAAAAUGUGAAGACAAAUCUUUCUAUAUCUGCAAAAAAGCAGGGGAAUUUAACAGUGUCUCUCCUGAACUGGAAUCAAGUUGUCCAGAGGGAUGGGAAAGACAUGGUGGAUAUUGUUACAAAAUCGACAGUACCCCUCGAAGUUUUGAACAUGCUUCCAGUGGUUAUUUCUGCCCAUCUGCACUUGUAUCAGUAACAAACAGGUUUGAACAAGCUUUUAUCAACAGCCUGAUCCUCAGCAUGGCAAAACCUGAGAGAACUUAUUUUUGGAUAGGAUUGCAAGACCUUAACAACACAGGAGAAUACUUUUGGCUAAGUCCAGGAGGAAGGAAUCACUCUGUGAGCUACACAAACUGGAACAAGUACCAGCCACGUCAUUCUGGAGGAUGUGUGGCUAUGCGAGGGCAGAACCCUGUUGGUUAUUGGGAGGUGAAAAGCUGCAAGAGCUUCAAAGCAAUGUCAUUGUGCAAGCAAAAAGUCAAUUCUUAUGAAGAACCUGAACUUACUUUUCAAAAAUAUUUGAGUUCCUGCUCUUUUGGAUGGGAGUCAGAACCUAAUCUGCUCAACUGCUACAAGAUAUUUCACAAUGAAAAAGUUCUGAUGAGAAGAACAUGGCAUGAAGCAGAAGCCUUAUGUCGAGAUUUUGGAGCACAUCUUGCUAGUUUUAGCCACAUCUAUGAAGAGAUGUUUUUAAACAAUCUAUUAUAUACAAUUUUUGAUAGAACAGAAGAGAGACAGUUCUGGAUUGGAUUUAACAAAAGAAAUGCACUUUCUGGAGGGACGUGGCAGUGGUCAGACAGAACACCUGUUGUAUCUGCGUUUUUGGAGGACAAGUAUGUUGAAGAUGACUCAAGAAACUGUGGCGUGUUCAAAGUAAACAGAACAGUCUUUCCAGCACACUGCAAUGAAAAACGUGAAUGGAUAUGCAAAAUACCAAAAGGUGUCAAACCAAUGAGUCCAGUUUGGUACACAGCUGAGCUGCCUUGGUCGUAUUAUCAAGGAGCAGAAUAUCUUUUCCAUGUCAGCCCUGCAGAAUGGGAAACCUGUAAGUUUGUCUGCAGCUGGCUUCGUGGUGGAUUGGCAAUAGUAAAUUCUUCUGGUGAACAAACCUUUAUUCAAAGUAAAAUAAGGAAGCUGUCGAAUAGUGAUGUUCACUGGUGGAUUGGAUUGCACGCAGAAAACCUCAGUGAUGAGUUUCGCUGGAGAGAUGAAUCAGCAGUAACGUACCAGAACUGGAACGAAGGAAGGGAAAGAGAUCUGCAGAAACCAGGGAAAAGAUGUGGCUUUAUUUCAUCACAGACAGGACUCUGGGGUGAUGAAAACUGUACUGUUUCUCUUCCCUGUAUUUGUAAACGUAAAAUUCCAAAGAAGAUAGAGAAAGAGAUUCCAAAAGACCCGAACCAACAAGAAGUGUGUCCCAAAGGCUGGUUGCACUUUGGAUUUAAAUGCUUUUUAAUACAAAUUCCAAAGGAUCCAGAACAUCUGAGAAACUGGUACUCUGCACAAGAAUUCUGCAGUAACUAUGAUGGGUCACUUGCUAUCCUGGAAGAUGAACUGGAGCAAGCUUUCAUAACAAUGAAUCUAUAUGGGUGGAAGACUAGUGUUUGGAUAGGCUUCCAGAGCGAUGAUUAUGAAAAACAGUUGAAUGAAAAUCCUCAAUUGUAUUCCAACUGGUCGCCAGUUGAAGUCGUGGAUAGACGGCAUUUUAACAUUCAAGAUCAACUUCCACUGUGUACAUUGGUAUCAAAUAACCCUAAUUUUUAUUUUACUGGAAAAUGGUACUUAGAAAACUGUCAGAAAAAUUAUGGGUUUGUCUGCCAAAAGACUCGGGAUGCAUCCAGACACGUUAUCAAUACAUCUGAUAUGUAUCCCGUGCCAGAUACUUUAGAAUAUGGAAACAGAAGGUAUAAACUGAUAAGUGGGAAUUUUACGUGGUCUUCAGCUUUACAAGCCUGCAUGGCCAGCAGUGCGGAGCUGGUGAGCAUCACAGACCAGUACCACCAGGCUUUCCUGACCAUCAUCGUCAAUCGCCGGGGCUACAGCCACUGGAUCGGGCUCUUCACUGCCGACAAUGGGCUUAACUUUGAAUGGUCAGAUGGGACCAGAUCUUUGUUUUCUUUCUGGGAAGAUGAUGAGUCCCAGGCCUUUGGCAGCUGUGUUUACAUUGAUACCUCAGGGCACUGGAAAAGUGCAAAUUGUGAGCAGUUUCUGCAAGGAGCAGUUUGCCAUGUGCCACCUAAAAAGAAACUCAAUGCCUAUAAAGGCUUAUGUUCAGAAAAAACUGUACCCUGGAUCAAAUUCAAAAACAGUUGCUACAGCUUUUCCACAGUUCUUCAGGGCAUGAGUUUUGAUACAGCAUAUGAGGUCUGCAAAAAUCAAGGAGCGAAUCUUCUGACUAUUCAAGAUGAAGAUGAAAGUGCAUUCAUUUUGGAAGAAUUGCACAGUUUUGGUUAUUCUGUACAAAUGGUUUGGUUGAACAUUCUGCUUGUUACAGACAAUGAGACAGUCACCUGGUUUGACGGUUCUCCUUUAAAUUAUUCUAACUGGGGCAUCAGAGAGCCCGAAUUUGAUAAUCUCAAAGGGAAUUUCUGCAUCAGCUUGAGGACCACAGAUGGAGUCUGGCAAUUAUCUCCAUGCAGAGAAAAAAGGGGUUUUGUAUGUAAAAGGGAUGCAGAUAUUGAUACAACAGAAUCCUCUGAAAAAGGAUCAUACGGUGGACUUGUAGCUCUGACUAUUUUUGUGACAUUGGUGAUGUUGGCUGCCAUUUGCCUUUUCCUGUGGUGCCUGCACAAAGAGAAUAACCAACUCUUCCGCAGGAUACUGUGGGUCAGAAACGCCUACUUGCCACAGAUUAAUGCUGAUAGUCCUGCUCUGGAAGAAAGCAUCCUCAUUUCUGACUUUGAGAGAAGUGAGAACAAUUAAUUGAUCAGAAGUAGCAAGUGGUCCUGUCUUCUGUGUGAAACUUCACAACCUGCAGUGGUUUUCUCGUUCUUGGGAGUCCCUCGGAGUGCCCAUAUCCUGAGAAAACCUCUUGGCCAUCAGUAUCAAUGCUGGAGGAGCUCCUUACCCCAGAGAGCUUUUGCUUUGUGGCAGGAUGAGGUGAGGAUGCAAGGCAGAGCCAUGGAGAAAUUUUCUUCUCUGGGACAAGCCAAGAAUCGAAAACACUCAAAGACCAUAAACCUCCAACUGCUCAGUUGGAGCAGUCAUGUUUGAGGUCCCAGAGCAGAGGGCAAUUUCAUGCAACUUUUGCCUUUGGGAAUAUUUUGAGCCUUUGUGUUUUGUUUCUAUACUUUGUAGAACCUGCUUAUGACUCAGCAUUAAAAUUUGGCCUUGAAUUUAAGAACUCUGAAAUAUAUUCCAAGGAUUAUGGGGAAGACUUUUUUUUGCUGGCAAAAUGAAGUUAUUUUUUCUGCAACAUGAACAGUUAUUUUCCAGACAAUAGAUUCUUGCCACAUUGAUUUCCAAGCUGCAGGGAGAUGAAGCCACUCUUGAUUGACACUGCCAGAGUUUUGGUAGUUUUGCCUGUGAUGCCUAGUUCAUGUUAUAAAAUAAAUUAGUCUAGAGAUAUAAUGGCAUAUGGACUUCGUCAUCCUGAAGUUAUAUUCAUUUGAAAUGCAUCCAGCAUCCUAUUAAAGAUUUAGCUAUGUCAUCUCUCACCUAGAUUAUUUCAGACAUGGAAUCCCAUCAGCCUUCAUUAAAAACAUUUUCGGGCAAUAUCUGUUUGAAGAAAAAACCCUGUUCUAAAUCUUUCUGAAGGUAUGGAUCAAAUGGCUUUACUGUUCACCUCAUUUCUGUUCCCAAAGGGUGCUAGUCCUCUAGCCCAUGUAGCAGACACUUUCCCUUUCAGUGUUGUACCAAGGUGCUGAGGAAGAAGAUGAAUUUUGCUGACCCAUUGCUCUGCAGGCUGAUGGUUGUGAAGGAGCCAGCUCAGGUCUCUGUGCUGUCUCAGUUGCAGCAGUCCAGGACAGAAAUGUUUACUCUCCCUGAGAUUCCCGCCGCCCCAACCAGCCCUCCACCCCCUCUCUGAAAACACCUGGGAGCUUCUCAGGGAUUUUAUUUUUUAUUUUUAUUGCAGUGUGGAAAAAGAAAUGUUUAGCAAUGGUUACUUCACAAUGGAUUUACUGUCGUUUUCACCAUUUCUAAAAGCUGCUGCAAAGGGCUGCAUUGGUUGUUCUGUUUCUCAAUUUCCUUGUUUUAAGGUGACUCAUUCUAAAAAUUUUGCAAGAGCCCUGAGACAGAGGUAUGUUCCUCAGAAUUAAGCAAGCAGCUAAGGCCAACCAAAGUUUUUUUACACAAUAUUUGUGCACAUGCACAGGAAUGUAUGACUGCCUUUUAGUUAGAUUUUACGUGGCCAAAAAUUGCCUGUUCAUGCCAUAAUGAUGUGUAGGGCUAUUUUUAAAAAUUAUUUCGUACAUAGAAUAUUUCUGUGCUGGUUUACAGAACUGACUUACUCUUUUUGAUGACUUCUAAGAUUAGAGCUAUCACAAGUUCUUAAUCUGCAAUUUUUCUAUCAUAUAAAAUAUAAAUAGCUUUUCUGUGUAUGUUCUGCCUAGUGGUUUGACCCCAUACAUCAGUCUUCAGUAAUAUUUUUAAUGUUUUGGUUUAGUCCUCUAGAUUUCUGCAUUGGACUGUUUUUAUUUACAGUCCAAUAACAGAGUUUGCAGACUGCACCAUUUGAGUACAAUUGCCAGAUAAUCUGUUGUUUAUAUGUAUUAACUAUGAUAGCUUUUUACCACCAAAAGAAAAGAAAAAAAAAAGUUUAUGACCUCUUCUUUCCCCAUUACUGUUUCACCUAUAUGAACUACAGCUGGAGGAACUUAAACCAACAAACCCCCUUCAUCACAUUCACUGAGAGGUGUGUGAAUGCUGCCUUCUUACAGUACAGUAAGCACAGUGGCUUGCAGGGUGGUUUUUGUUUGCAAGAGUAAGUUGUGUCAUUUCUGAGGACAAGUAUUUAUUGGGCUACAAUGCUGUUGAUAGUUAUAAAGAUGCUGGUCAGAUUUGGAUGUGGUUAAUGAAGUUGUGUUUUUUCACAAAACUUGACAUAGAUGUUUUAUCAAUUUUCCUUGAGGUAUGUUUUAUUCCUUAAAAUAUAUCUGAAGGGUAAUGGCAUAAUCAAAAUUGUGAUUGUUGAUUAACAUUGAUGGAGAUGAGCUUGUAUUAAAGAAAAAAAGUUCAAGCAGUGUUUUCUUCCUGCUUUGAAAUGGUUUUGAAGGAACAGAGCCUUAGAUAUUUAUUUUCAAAUCUUUUAUCAUUUAGCUUUCUAUAACUGCAAAUAUUAUUCACUCAAGAAUGUAAUCAAUGAUUGCUUUCUCAUCUUCCUUCUGGAUUUUGUUAUCAAUGGCUUUCAAUUGUUUUCCCUUAAUCAGAGGUCUCCUGUACUUCCCUGAUCAAAAUAUGUGAUGACUGUGUUUAUAUCGCUGACCUUGAUGAUGUUGGUAAUGAGAGUCACUGUAUUAUUUCAGCUGGAAAAUUAAAACAUGACUAAUAGUUGUCCAUGCUGUAAUUUUU